AGUCUUGAUUUUGAAUAUUGAUUGUGAACAUCUCGGGGAACAAAUAUGAGGAUAAAAAACAGGUUGAUAAUAUUCUCAUUGAUUUUUAUAAUAAAAGAUACGUACGCAAAUCUUUCACUACAAUGUAUAACCAGUCAUCUGAAGUCUCAUGGAAUUCAAGAAGAUAUUCUCGAUUCAGUUGAUUCAUUUCCUGGUACGGAAGCGGAAUGCGAAAGUUUCAUUCGAAUAAAGCUUGAUGAUUUCAAUGACAAGAUAUUCACAAGUAUGAAUGAAGAUGAAAACGCCCGCGCACAUAUUGAAUGUUUUCGACGUGAAGCGGCAAGUGAAGAGUAUGAAAAUGUUGCUUUGAGAUUCCAAGCUGUAGGAAUGCUUGAUGUUGGAUGGAAAUUCUGGAGAAGUUCAGCAAAAGAAUUAAGAUAUGAAGAGCUCAAGGAAGAGAUUGACCAACUGGGUGUGAGAAUUCUUGAAAAAUGCGCUGCUGCAGAACAUUUUGGAAAGUUCUUCGAUACAGCUAUUGAAAAGAAGCCAAGUCUUUAUGCAAAAGGCGAAAAUGAAUAUUGCAUUAGACGUUAUCUCAUAGACAAAUAUAUGAUUGAUGCUUUCUCAUACAGUCUCAACAUCAAUCCGAAAAACGUGACAAUGGAAAAUUAUAAUUGCGAAGAAAUCAUGAAAAGUAUUUUAGAUCCAGCUUAUGACAACUUGAAGAAAGAAGAGAAUGAGUGUUCGUUAAAUAUAUUAAAAGACAACAGCUAUUACGAUUAUCUCUUGAAACUUGAACUUCUUUCAAAACUUCCAUUAACAUCUCAAGACAAGUAUUUUGAAAGACAGAAAUUUAUCGACUCAAUGUUUGAAAUAACUCAAAAGACUAGAAUAUGUUAACUUGUUAUCAGUUUAUUUGUAAAAUUUUCAAGCA